AUUUAGAGAUUUAUAAAUUUUUAAUUCGGAGAAGUCAGAUGCCUUCAGUUUCUAUCGAAUCGUUACGUCAGUAUAAACAAUGAAGUUAUUGUGUAAAGAAGUAACGCGUGUGGUACAAUGUCUAAAGAACCCGAAAAGUUCUACCCUAGAGUCGUCCCUGUGGAGUGAGUCACAUCCUAAGAUUGCUUGUAGAGGCGCUUUGCCGCCAUAGCCGCUUUAUCCGCUGGUGUUUGUGAAUCGGUUUUUCGUACGAAAGUUGGAGUCGCUGAGUGGACUUGGGUUCAGUAGCGAUCGGUCGAAUGAACGGAAAGUAUGGUUGUGGAAAAGCUCGCGUUUGGUUAAAUGUUUUAUUAUCACGUUUCUCGCAACGAAUCAUUCAGUUUCCAACGUCGUUAUCAAAGAUUUUAAUACUUGCGUAAAACCGGCUACUCCACGACAGGUAGACAGGUAUUCCAAUCCGUUCGACCGUUUGGAACGUGGGUGACACACCUCCAAAGAAUUUUUGUUCCUUCCUCUUUUUACGAAAAAUAUAAUAAAAAUAUAAAUUACAUUGCAAAUACCCGUGAACGCUUUUUCGGACGUUGUUUACGCGUAAAAAUUGUGAAUCAGUGUCAAUGACAUACUGUAACAAAUAUAAUUCUUAAAAAAUCAUCGAGUGUUUUCGUAACAGAGUGAAAAAUAAAAUGUUAUAACAGUGGUGCUCUUUCUUUGAAUCGUGUUCUUUUGUGGCGGGAAGUGGUUUCGAAGGAGUAAACGUCAUCAGUUUUCAGCUGGCCUCCCUUCCUUCCGUGAUUAUCUUGAGUUACGAUCAAACAAAAUUCUUAUUUUAUUCGACGACGCAGAGCUCACGGUUUAUCUAUAACAACCCCGCUACUGGCUGCGUUCUCUUGACUCUGAGAAUUCUUUGGAGUUUCGGCUUUCCUGGAAGGCGAUGCUUUUAAUCCUCGUUCGACGAUUCCAUUAAAACUUUUGAAACUUAACAACCUACACAAAUGCCGAAAUCGGCAGCCAAGUGGACAUUUUGGAGAAAGUGCAAGAGGCCCGUUGGCGAAGAAAACGAAGACAGUAAGAAAGGAAAACGGAAACGAACUGCGGAUACAGAGAUCGAACCGCCAACGAAAGAGAAGGAAGUUUCGGUCGUGGAAACGAAACGAAAAACCAUGGAACAUCCGCUUACGAGAUGCGACACUCGUGUACCGAAAGCUACACCGAUCACGGACGAUUAUGAAAUCAGUAAUCACGUAUUAGGACUUGGGAUAAACGGCAAAGUUGUUCAGUGUUAUGACAAAAAUACAAGGGAAAAGUAUGCGCUUAAGGUAUUAUAUGACUGUGUAAAGGCACGGAGAGAAGUUGAGCUGCAUUGGAGAGCAUCAAAUUGCAGGCAUAUAGUUCAAGUAAAAGAUGUGUAUGAAAACACGUACAGUGGAAAUAAAUGCUUGUUGGUUGUUAUGGAAUGUAUGGAAGGAGGAGAAUUAUUUGAGAGAAUACAAGAUAGACAAGAUGGUGCUUUUACAGAGAGAGAAGCCGCACAGAUAAUGUAUGAAAUUUGUGUUGCUGUAAAGCAUCUACAUGAUAUGAAUAUUGCACACAGGGAUCUUAAACCUGAAAAUCUUUUAUAUUCCAAACCUGACAAUACUGGAAUAUUAAAAUUAACUGAUUUUGGUUUUGCAAAAGAGACACAUUCAAAGGAUACCUUACAAACACCAUGUUACACACCAUAUUAUGUUGCUCCUGAAGUUUUGGGACCAGAAAAAUAUGAUAAAAGCUGUGAUAUAUGGUCACUUGGAGUCAUAAUGUACAUACUGUUGUGUGGUUUUCCACCUUUCUAUAGUAACCACGGUUUAGCGAUUUCACCAGGAAUGAAAAAGAGAAUACGAUUGGGUCAGUAUGAUUUUCCAGCUCCUGAAUGGUCAAACGUAAGCUCGGAAGCGAAAACUCUUAUUAAGGGUAUGCUAUGUACGGAUCCAGCACAAAGACUGCAGAUUGAUGAAGUGAUGCGUAACAAAUGGAUUGCUCAAUAUACGGAAGUCCCACCUACGCCUUUACAUACUGGGCGAGUGCUACGAGAGGGCGAAGAACUUUGGCCGGAAGUUCAAGAAGAAAUGACACGAUCUUUAGCCACAAUGCGUGUAGAUUACGAUACAGCUAAUUUGAAACAAUUGGAUCACACAAAUAAUGCGUUAUUGAAUAAACGCAGACGAGCAAAGCAAACGAACGCUGUACCGCCAACUGCUAAUCCAACAGCUGCAUCCUAGGAAGACGCAAUAAAAGCCAGCAACCACUGGCGUAUUUUUUUACAAAGAUGUGUAAGGUAUAGCGUAAUUACUAUGAGAAUUGUUUUUUGAUCAUUGGUAUGAUGUAAAAACUAAGUGGUUGUAAUAGAAGUGAUCAUGAGGACAGUUAUUAUGUAUUUUAAAAUAUAUGCAGCUAAAAUGGAAAAUUAUAGAGAAAUGGAAACUGAAUUAUAGUAUUCUAGCAAUUCCUAAUAGAUUGCACGAACUUGUGCUAUUAUGUUUACAUACCACUUCUAAGAAGUUUUUCUUCAAAUAUUAUAACUAUAGAUACUUAAUUUAUUGAAAGGCACUAUUAAUGUUAAAAAUGAAAGAAUAAUGCGCGAGGAGCGCUGCCUAAUAAAAUAUACAGUGCAUUUUUCACUUUCAAUAGAACACUUAUAAAUGCAGAGGUAAAUAAACUAGAAAUCAAGAAAUAUUGUGACUAAAUAAUGAUACUAUUCCUGUUGUUCAUAUUUAUUGGUAAAACGUUGAAAAUUAACGUUUUUUGCUAUCAGUUAGCUGUACACAUAAUAAUAUUCAUAUUGAAAAGAAAUAAAAAUACUGAGUAUAUUUCAUGCUUUGAAAUGAAAUAAUGGAUAAUGUUACUUUUAAUUGAAAGAUUGUAAUGAUUACUUACAACAUAUUUUGUAAGAUUUAAAAAAUCUAACAUGUACCAUGGUAUUUUCUAUACCAUCCUUGAAUAAUUACAGUACUUUAAUUAAUCACGAAUACUUACAUUAUUGUAAUUAUCAAAAUAUUUUUGAAUUUUUAAUCACGCACGGUUAUAAAUUAUAUAUAUCUAUAAAAGAGAUAUUCAGUUAAAAGAUAAUGCAAAAAUGUACAAUGUACUUCUAAGUGAUAACCUUGACUGAGGCUUAAUAUGCGAACAAUUUUUAUAAUUGCCAUAAAGUACUGACAUAUGUUGUCCUCAUUGCUUCUUAGGCACUAAAAAUAAUUGUUUAUUUUUAAAAUAGCAAAAUUUGUAAUAAACAAAUUUAAACCGAGAAACAAGUAUAUGAACUUCGUUAAAUAAAUGUAGCAAUUAUAUUUUUUUAGGUGUAUUAUAGAAUAAAAAUUGAAAUGAACCUAGAGGAGAAAAAUGCCUUAAUUAAAGGUCAAUUUUCAGUUGUAAGGUCAACUAAAGCCGUUAGGUAUAUAUUACUAUUAAGUGCAUAUUUUGGCGAUAUUUAAGAGGUGAUUAAAUCUCAUAUAACGUGUUACUGUUUCAUCAGAAACGACUGAUAUGUUAUGAAUUGUAAAUAUUAUAUGUAUUGAAUUAUUUUUUAAUAAGAUAAUAUUAAUAGUAGUGAUCAAUCAUAUACUUAGUAGUCAUCUAUAUUAAGUAUUAAAAAUUUGUAACAGUUAAACAUAAAUUUUAUGACUGAUAAGUAACAAAGAAAUAGAACUGAUUGGGCCUUAACUUGUUUCCACCAUUCUGCAUUAUUUUAAGAUUUUAAAUUCAUUGACAAUUUUCUUUUUAUGGUAUAUUUACCAUCAUAUAAUAUUAUAGGAUUGUGGAAACAAAAUUUUCUGUGGUAUAAAUAUUGUAUGAUGGUUCAGCUCUUAUGUUUUAUUGAAAAAGAUAAAACAACUAAUUAUUAACCAUGUACAAAAACUGAUGGGUAUUUUAAUUCAAAAUAAUCUUGGAAUAAUUUUUCUUCAUUGAAAUGUUAUAUAUAGUUAAGCAUAUUACAUUAUAAAAAUAUUGUUGCAUUGUUAUACUUGAUAAAACUGCGAUAGUACAAUUUCUAUAGAAUAGAACGAUUAUAAAGUAUACGGAAAUUAAUACAUAUAUUUAAAUUUAAUUCGAGCUGGACUACAGUAGUAAAGUAUUUUUGUAAUGGAUUUAUGUCUGUUGGUUUGCACUGCAUUUAUGAAACUUGACAAUAAAUAUACAGAAUGUCUUUAAUUACGA